UGUAAAGGUAUAGACUAAGUAUUGUAACAUGCUUUCUUUCAUUUUCAUAUUGAACACAUGUAGCUGUGCAAAGGUGCUUUGUAUGUAUAUUGAUUUUCUCUACCAGUCUUACUGUCCACAUGCAUGUAAAUAAUUUUGAAGUUUAAAUACUUAUUCAUUGUAGACAAAUAAAAAGAAAUAAGAUCUAAAUGUGUAUGUGCCAUGAUACAUUUGCCAAGGACAAUGUCAUAGUUCUAGAGUAGAGACAAUGUGCCUGUGUCUGUGCUACUAGUAUAUGGUGACUAACAAUGGCUGAGGGAGGCAUAGGCUGGAAAGAUGAAAAUGGGAGGGACCAGGAUUUUCCUAAAUUGACCAGUACAAGGCAGAAUGUUGAAGCAAAAAAGAAAGGAAAGUUGUCAAAGAAAGAGAUAGAAUCAAACAAUGCAAAGUUGAAGAAAAUUGUGGUGAGUAUACUGAAGAAUAAUCCAAAAGGAGUGAAGCUGAGUAAAAUUUGGAACUUGGUAAAAACAGAAACAAAAAAGAAUUUUUCAGCAGCAGAUUGUGGCGUAUCUAAACUAAGUAAGGUACUUGAAAAUUGGUCAGAUACUAUAACUGUUACAUGGUCACAAAAAGAUCCAAAUAUCACCCUGCAACAUGGAGCAAGCACUGACAAUAUUUCUUCAAGAAGUAGCUCUGAAGUAUUGUUUAAUGAUAAUAACUUUCCAUCAUUAUCUAGAGAUUCACAGUCCCCAAAAGAUAAAGCUAAAGUAGAAACAAGUACACAAUCAAAAGCUCCUUUUGUUGGUAAAUCAGUGGAAGGUCACAGUGAUAAAAGAGAUGCUAGUGGAAUGAUUGGGAAGUCAACAAAAACACAGGGAAACACUGAUGAAAUUUUAUAUGAAAGGACAGAUUUCCCUAAUUAUUAUACAACUGACAUACCAAACAGGGUCAUUAAAACUGCUAAGAGAAAGUCACAGAAAAAGAGUGAAACAGAGGGUACUUCAGAAGAGAACUUACAAGCAUCAAGCAAGCCAGACAGAGUUAUUAAAACUGCAAAAAGAAAAUCAAAUAAAGCAGUUGAACUUGAUUUAUCUAAAAAUGAAGAUAAAUCAUCAUUUUCUUAUUCAGCAUCAAACGCAGUAAAGCAAGCAUCAGAGAAAGUUGCUGAUGGCAAAGGAAAAGACAAUCCAGUACCAAAAUCUUCACAACAGGAGGGUCUUUUUGGUUUUCAGUGGGCACCAGUCACUCAGUUCAACUUGCCACAUAACCCUUCAUUAGCACUUGAAACUGAAGAUCCUGCUAUUAUUACUGGCCACUAUGGACUACCAACUCAGAACAUAGCUCAGGGUACAGCUCAAAGUAGACUUAGAAACCUGAAUGAAAAUCAUGGUAAUAAUUACACCAAUCUUCUUGCUGGAUAUCAAUCACAAGAUGAUCAGAUACCAGUUAGAAAUGUGACUCAACAGCCAGUAAUAAAUGGUGAAUCUAGACAACACAUGGAUCAACAUGAUAAUUCCAAACCUGUGAAAGUAAAACCAAUAGAUAAGGAUGAAUUUGAGACAAAGAAGAUUGAUGUACGCCCAGUUUACGUUGCCAAAGGUAAAAAGCCAUCUAAAGAACAAAUAAAUAAUGUUGCCAAAGAGUGUAUAGAAAUUCUAUCCGAUGCUGAUUUAUUUGUUACUCAGGAACGAGUCGAAAAGUUGGUAUGCCAAAGGUUUAGUUGCCGUAAAGUACAGGAUCUUGGUUUAAGAUAUAUGGAUCAGGUUGACUGUGUAAAUGAGUUAAACAGGUUAAUUUGCAAGAUCAAUGUGUAUGUUAAUGCAUUUGUUAAGACCCGAGCAAUCUGUACACUUCAUGAACUCAAAAAUGAACUGAAAGAGUAUGCUACGGAUGAUGGAGAUUUUAGCUCAUUGAAAACGGGACCAUUGCAGCGGUACCCUGUUGUAUUCCAACAAUUCCGGUUCCCACCUGACCAGUCUGAGAUUCCAGAGAUAACAACAAUGGACAUACUGGAUCACUUUAGAACAUAUCUUGAUAUAAAAGGUCUCUGGCGUACAAAGAUGGAGUUGGAACCAUUCAUGGAUUAUUUGGUGGAAAAGUAUGAUGCUGAAAAUGCCUAUAUGUUAGGUGUAAGGAUUAGAUCCCUUCCACUGGCUCUAACUACUUUGAAAAAAGCCCAAAGAGAUUCUGCUGCAAGUCGUAGGGACAUCAAGGAUCAUUUUGAAGAUGAACUGAGAAAUGAAAUUGGAGAAGCAUUUAGAAAAUUCCGUACAAGUAUUAUGCAAACUGGUGAAAGUGAAGGAAUGGAAGUACGGAAGCAUUAUUUGAAAAUGAAACCAGAACUGGCAAUAAUGGAAGUGUUUGAAAAGUUUAAUAUAUUGCUGAUGGUUAUACAGGCAGGGGAUGUUGUUUUAAAGAAAGCAGCAAAAUUUAAAAAAGCCAUUGAGGAUUUCUUAACAGUUAUGAGAGAUAAUGAGCUUGGUAGAAACAUUCUUCAUCUUGCACUCUGUAUGUCAAACACAUCUGUUGAGGAGACAGUGAAAGACAUGUUUACACCUGUCAGAAAUGAUGAUACAGAGGACAACAGUAAUAGUACACAUCAACAGCAGCAACAACCACCUAGAAAAGAUGAGUUGGCAGAAAAGUUAAGAACGUAUAUCGAGAGAUGUUUAAAUGCCGGAGCACUUACUCUCAUACAUCUGGACAGGAUUGAAGAGAAACUUCUAGAAGAUUUCAGUUUUCCAGAAUUCACCAAGAUGGGUUAUGGGAGAUUCCUUGAAUUUCUGUUGUCAGAGGCAAAACAGAUGUUGGAGGAAGGAGGAGGUUUAAGUCUCGGUUCAAGUUCUGGAGGAAGUACCGAUAAUGACACAUCAUUUAAACCAAAUCAGACUGACAUCAUUGAAUUUAUUAAACAGUUUAAACAACAUGCAGAUUGUAAGCCAGAACAGAUUGAGGAGGCAUUAUGUAGACAGUAUAAUGUUAGUGAUGUGAGACAUCUUGGACACGGGAAUAUAUCACGGUUGUUAGGUCAUGCUGGUAAAGCUAGUAGACAUGUUUAUGCAGAUUUCACUGUAUUCUAUGAAUCAGCAUUUCUCCAUUCAGUCAGAAUGUCAAACACCUCGAACUCAAAAGUUGGGAUUCUUGGUCACCAAUCAAAAGAUGCAGCCAAGUUUUGUCUGCACAGUUGCCCGCUGUUAGAGAACCUGGCAGACUGGAGUCAGUGGAGUCUGGUGUUUGAACCUGAGCAUGGUAAACUGAAAGACUUUAUACAGAGAUAUGGUGGUGUUACAACAAAACCAUAUGAAGAUGGUAGACUUGUCACACUGGACUUUCUUGCUCUUGAGAUCAAGCCAGGUGAAUUAAUAAAGAUUGUUUCAACAACAUCUCCUGAUGCUGUUGCUGCAGCAUUGAUGACUCAUGAUGUAGUGUCCACUGCUGGUCAUUUGGUCUCCAUGGUGAUUGACUACAAGAGUACAGAGAGUAUGCCACUAGCUUUACUAGCAGGACAUGUGAAAACUGUACUACUACAGAUGCAUGCGGGAGAACCAUCAAGUGGCAUAAAUGAAAAUGGCCAAGUUUACAUGCAUUCAGCAGCCAUGUUUGUUCUCAAAUGUCUUCUGCGUAUUCCUACAAAUUUCUGUGUUGCCUUUGCAAACCAGCUUUUUCUUGACCCACUGGGACAGGUUAUGGGUUCAAGUAAAUCAAAACAAUUACUAAUACAACUUUGUUCCUCAAAUGAUGAAUUGAACAAAAUAAUGAAAUUAGGAUGUUUACUUGGUAUACAAGAAUGGACUGAUGUGAUUACACAUAAAUGUCAACCACCUGUUAGUGAUGUACAGAUAUCAGCAGAAGAGGCUAAAGACUUUAUUGAAAAUGACAAUGAUAUUCAGGAAGAUGAAGAGUUAAUGGAUGAAUUUGAAGCUGAAGAUGUUGAUGAUAUCUUAACUGGUGGAAUAGUUGAGGAAGGUAAAAUAGAUAAAAUUGAAGAAGAGCAUUCAGCCAAGAAGGAAGAGAAUGACAAUGAAGGGAAAGCUGAUCAUAAGACCAAGGCAUUAGAAACUGAAGAUAAUGGUGAUAUUCAAGAUUUAGAGACGGUUAUAACAGAGAAGCCUGUAGAGUUGACAUGUGAAGAUAUAGUUAAUCAAAUACGUAGAGAUGAGUUUGGUGUUGGUGUUCAUCUAAAUGAAGAUGGUGAGAGGCUCAUGAAGGUUCAACAAGAGAGACUGGGUAGAAGUUUAGAUCGUUUGUCUAAAGAUUUAUACAGUAAAGAUACACACUUUGUCCUUGAAUUGGUACAAAAUGCAGACGACAAUAGUUACCCUGACAACCUGCUUGACAACUGUAAAGAUGGCUGCCCUUCUGUGAAAUUUGUUAUAGAGCAGGAUGGGAUAUAUGUGCUAAAUAAUGAACUUGGAUUUAGGGAAAAGGAUAUUAGAGCUUUAUGUGAUGUCGGGAGAAGUACAAAAGGAAAGCACAAGUUCGGAUACAUAGGCCAGAAGGGAAUUGGUUUCAAGUCUGUUUUCCGAAUAACAGAUGCACCGGAAGUACACUCUAAUGGUUACCAUAUCCGGUUUGAUGUCAACAGUGGGCCUAUGGGCUAUAUUUUACCAUACUGGGUACCAGAGGAGGAGAGGAUAAGUCAAGAUGGAUGGAUGACUCAUAUCAUACUGAAGCUGAAACAAGACAUGAGACUACACACUCGAACAUUAGCUGCAAGAUUUAAUGACCUUCACCCUUCCUUGUUACUAUUUUUACACAGGCUUCGUCAAAUAACAAUACAAAAUAAGGUGGAAAAUACUGUAGAAACUAUUCAGCGUCGUGACAUAGGUGACAAUGUGGUAGAGAUACAACAUUCAGGAGGGUGUGAUAGAUGGAUGGUCAUUAAGAAAAUCCUAGAUGCCAGCAAUAUCUCUCUACAAACAAAAUCUGGUGCCGAGGUGGAAUCUACAGAAAUAGCAUUAGCCUUCCCCUUGAAAAAUCAGUGCAGGAAAAAUACUGUCCAUAUGAUGCCCCCGAAGCAACCAGUAUUUGCUUUCCUUCCAUUGAGAAGUUAUGGUUUCCGUUUUAUUAUUCAAGGUGACUUUGAUGUACCAUCAAGUCGAGAAGAUGUUGACAGAGACAGUUCAUGGAACCAGUGGCUACGUAAUGAAAUCCCUAAUGUAUUCCUGGAAACUCUUGAUGUCUUCAAGACACAUUCUGAGUUCAGCAGUAUGGAAGCAGUAUGUACAUUCCUGCAGUUUGUACCUAUGGAAGAUGAAGUUCUUGAAUUCUUUAAACCUGUAGCUUCUGAUAUACUGAAGAAACUUAAAGCUAAACCUUGUAUUCCUACACUGGCAGAAAAACAAGGACCAGUAAGCUGGAAGAUACCAUCACAGACAGUAAAAGUUCGGGACCCGCUGGUACGCAGUGUAAUCACAUCGGACCUUCUGGAGAAACACCUUAAUCUGUUUUACCUACAUCCAGACAUUGCCACAGUGUUGAACCCAGCAUUGACGUCCUGUCUUGGUAUUGAAAACUUAACAUCUGACCAUUUAUUCCAGCUUGGUAAAGCUUUGAUUGUGAACAUGGGCACACACUGCAAUAAGGAUGAAGAUGUGAUACUAAUAUCUAAAUGGAUGGCGUGUUUAUAUCGUAGCCUUGAUGAAUUUCAUCAUGAUGAUAGUAUUCUACCUACACUGAAAGUUCAUCCUUUCUUACCACUGUCAGACGGAGAGCUCGUCUCCCUGCAGGAAAAAACAGUUUUUUAUCCUAUACCCAAUUUGAGAACAAAAAAGCAGAAAGGAAAAGACCCCAUGUAUUAUCUACAGCAAGAUGUGAGCAGUCUACAUCCAUUGUUAUUAGAUACUGGUGAUGCUGAGGUGAACAGUCAGGUUCACAAACUCUUGUUGAGACUUGGUGUGAAGCAGUUAUCUCCCUCUGAUGUUAUCAACCAUCAUAUUAUACCUGUGUUAAAAUCUGACAAUUGGAAG